AUGGUUUCAAAGUUGCUUUAUUAUAUUCAGCAUUUUAAGAAACACUCCCUAGACAUCCAAAAAGACUUUGACGAGAAAGAAGCUAUGAAGGUCUAUGCACUUCCAGACCAGAGGGCGAAGGAUGAAGCUGUCGAACUCCCAUUUGUGCAGAUGCUCCUAACCAACCAAGAUAAAGUUGACCCUAAGUUUGUCGUUUUCAUAGACAAUGGGACAUCCUACCAAAAUAUUGGGUCCAAUAACGUGGGGAAGGCUUCAGCUCUUUUUCAGGGUCUUCAGCUCUGUUCGGAGUUGAAUUUGGUAAUUGACAUAGUUGAGCUGGAUUCGCGAUUGAUUGUCGAGGUGGUUAAAAACUCCUUUCAAUGCCCCUGGUCGAUCUCCUACUUGAUUAGAAAAUGUAAGGCACUUUUACAGGGAAUCAAUAUAGUUCAUGUGCUUCGAGAAGGAAAUUCUUUAGCAAAUCACCUGGCUGAUCAUGCCUACGGUCAUUGUUCUAUUUAG